AUGGGCAAAGCGAACAAUAUGCAACUGUAUCAUAUUGAGAGUGCAAUUCAUGAUUGCGUCCAAGGAACAAUAACUGUGAGUUCUUACUUCACCAAACUCAAGGCGUUGUGGGAUGAAAGAGAUGUUGCAAUCAGCCUACCAGAUUGCGACUACAACACUUUGCAACAUGUGUUGGCAUUUCAGCAAAAUCAAAAGGCAAUUAAGUUUCUCAUGAAACUUAAUGAAACCUUCAGUGCAGUGAAGGAUCAAAUUCUAUUGAUGGAUCCACUUCCCCCCGUCAACAAGGUAUAUUCCCUUGUGCUACGCCAUGAGAAACAACACAACACCAUUACAGGAAAAGCACCGGUUCAGGAGGCUGCUAUUUUUGCCGCAAAAAGACCCGACUCUAGCAAGAAAAGUGCUGAUAUGAAGUGUGCUCACUGCAACAAAAACAAUCACACCACUGAAGAUUGUCGUGCCUUUUUAAAAUGUGAUUAUUGUGGCUGGAAAGGUCAUACGAUAGAUUAUUGUCGGAAACUUAAAAGGGCAGAUCCGGAGCAACAAAUGAGCCAUUCUAAGCAUGAGCGACCAAGAGGUAACAAUGUAUCAAGUAACCUUGAAAGGAAAGAAUUGACGACCUCUUUUCCAUUCACGUCUGACCAGUGCAAGCAAAUCAUGACCCUGCUCAACAACAACAAAGCCAAGGCGAACAAUGUUGGUAAAAAUUCCUCUCUGAAUAAUCUCUCAAGUAAAGCAUUUUCUUUCACUUCUCAUGGUCAGCAGUCAUCAUAG